UGUUCAGAGGAGCUCCCCCAUGUCCCUCUGGUUCWGCUGGCUGACACCGGCCAUUCCCCUGCUACUGCCCUGGCUGGUCAGGCAUGGGGUAGGGAUGGCUCAGGCAACCGUGUGUUCACGGUGGGACCAUUCAGUCGGUCUGGAUGACAUUGGUCUAUCCCAGGAAGGUGAUGUGGUGAUCGGGGCUGUCUUCCCUAUCCAUCACCUCCCCCCUGCUCCAGACCUAAGCUUCAGCCAACACCCUGACCUGCAGUCCUGUGUCAAUUUCCAGGAGGAUCCGUUGAGAUGGGUGCACGCACUGGUGUUCGCAGUGGACGAGAUUAACCGUAACCCCUUCCUGCUGCCGGGAGUCCGGCUGGGCUACCGUGUCCUGGACAGCUGUGGUCAGCACCCCUGGAGCCUGCGAGGGGCACUGUCCCUGGUGUCAGGGGGGAACCUCAGAUCAUGGCCAUCAAGUGCCUCCCGUGUUCCUCUGGUCAUUGGUGAUGCAUCGUCCACUCAGUCCAUCAUCCUGGCCAGGACCCUGGGGCCCCUCUCUGUGCCUGUGAUCAGUUACCAGGCCAGCUGUGGCUGUCUCAGUGACAGACAGGAGUUCCCUAACUUCUUCAGGACCAUCCCCAGUGAUGUCUACCAAGCCCUCACUAUGGCCCGGCUCACCUGGCUCUUGGGAUGGACCUGGGUCGGGGCUAUCGCUGCAGACAAUGACUACGGUCGUCAGGCCAUACAGGUGUUUGAGGCGGCGGUUCGGGGAACGGGGGUGUGCCUGGCGUUCUUUGAGACCCUCAACCGGGCGAACCUGGUGAGGGAUGUGGAGCGAGCAGCAGACACGGUCCAGGCCUCGACAGCACGGGUGAUCCUAGUCUUCCUCUGGUACACUGACAUAGAGGCGUUACUCCUGGAGCUGGGGAGGAGAAACGUGACGGACAGGCAGUUUCUGGCCAGUGAGGCAUGGAGCACCAGUGGACAACUGCUACGGAACCCCGCCCUCUUUAAUGUCUCUCGGGGCGUUGUGGGUGUGGCAAUCCGUAGUGCACCUAUGCCUGGCUUUGAGGCCCACCUUCGAAGUCUCCACCCCUCUCGUCGUCCCAGAGACGUGCUGUUGAAGGAACUCUGGGAAACGGAGUUUAAUGGGGCAGAGACUCUGGAGGYGGUGCAGAGCCCCUUCACAGAUACCUCUCAGCUGAGAAUAACCUAUAACGUGUACCUGGCUGUGUAUGCUGCAGCCCACGCCAUCCACAGCCUGCUGUCCUGCCCCCAGAGAGACAGCCCUGCCUGGGGCAGCAGCUUCACCUGCUCCCCUCCUCACAACAUCAGCCCAGCAGAGCUGUUGCAGCACCUGAACCAGGUUAACUUCACCACUCCACUUGGGGAGCCGUUUUAUUUCCGGGGCGCGGACGUCCCUGCUGUCUACGACCUUGUGAACUGGCAGGCCACGCCCCAGGGGUYGCUCAAACUUGUCACGAUUGGCCGAGUAGAGGGGUCCAAUAUCCUCAUCGACCAAUCAGCCAUCCAGUGGAACGCAGGAUCUAAUAURGUACCUGUGUCAGUGUGCAGUGACAGCUGUCCCCCAGGCACCCGUGUAGCCAGGAAGAAGGGGGAGCCUGUCUGCUGCUUCGACUGUAUCCCCUGUGCUGAGGGAGAGGUCAGCAACAYCACAGGCUCUCUACAAUGUGACCGCUGUCCUCUGGAGUUCUGGUCCAACAGCAAUCGGACCGCCUGCGUCCCUCGUCAGCUCGAGUUCCUCUCCUUCAGCGACACUAUGGGCGUCACUCUGACCACUGUUGCCGUGUGCGGCACCGUGGCAACAGCGGCUGUGUUUAUGCUCUUUGUGUACCACCGCCACACCCCUCUGGUGCGGGCCAACAACUCAGAGCUGAGUUUCUUGCUUCUCCUGUCACUCAAGCUCUGCUUCCUGUGUUCGUUGGUGUUCAUUGGGCGUCCCUCGGCGUGGUCGUGUCGGAUCCGCCAGGCGGCGUUUGGGGUCAUCUUCGUGCUCUGUCUCUCCUGCCUCCUUGUCAAGACCAUCGUGGUUCUGGCUGCGUUCCGCUCAGCCAGGCCCGGUGCUGGGCAGYUGAUGAGGUGGUUUGGACCCGUUCAGCAGAGAGGGAGUGUYUUCCUCUUUACCAGUGUUCAGGUGAUCAUCUGUGCCGUGUGGCUGUCGAUAAGUCCUCCCCUGCCUUACCGUGACCUAGGCCUCAAGGGGUCUAAGGUUAUCCUGGAAUGUGAGAUGGGYUCUGUGGCCGGCUUCUCUCUGGUGCUGGGYUACAUMGGCCUGCUGGCCUCCCUYUGUCUCMUCUUAGCCUUCCUGGCCAGGAAACUCCCAGACAACUUCAACGAGGCCAAGUUCAUCACCUUCAGCAUGCUGAUCUUCUGUGCCGUAUGGAUCUCCUUCGUCCCUGCCUACGUCAGCUCUCCUGGGAAGUAUGCUGACGCUGUGGAGAUAUUCGCCAUCUUAGCCUCCAGCUUUGGGCUGCUGUUCUGUCUGUUUGCUCCAAAGUGUUUCAUCCUCCUCCUGAGACCAGAGAGAAACACCAAGAAACACAUGAUGGACAAAUAGAAACCACCAAGAAACACAUGAUGUCCAAUUAGAAACCACCAACAAACAC